AUGGCGGCGACGACGAGCAUCCGCGCCGGGGCAUCCUACCUCGAGUCCCUCUUCGGCCUCGCCGGCCGCGUCGCCGUCGUCACGGGCGGCAGCUCGGGCAUCGGUCGCGAAAUGGCCCACGCCCUGGGCAUGGCCGGCGCGACCGUCGUCAUCGUCGCCCGCCGCCCGGAUCCCGUCCGCGAGACGGUCGCACACCUGCAGCUCGCCGGCGUGCGCGCUUUCGGCCUGCCCCUCGACGUGCGCGACGCCGACGCCAUCACCACCGCCGUCCUGCGCGACCACGGCGUGCCCGACAUCCUCGUCAACGCGGCGGGCAUCAACCCGCGGCCGCACAUGGACACCAUCACUCUCAAGGACUGGGAGGAGACCAUUGCCGUCAACCUCACGGCGCCCUUUGCGCUGGGACAAAAGUUCGGCCCCGCCAUGGCGCAGCGCGGCAGCGGGCGCAUCGUCAACGUCGUCAGCCAGCAGGCGUUCCGGGCCUUUGGCAACAGCGGCGCGUACGGCGCCUCCAAGGGCGGCCUGGUGUCCCUGACGCGCUCGCAGGCCGAGGCCUGGUCGCCGCGGGGGGUCCUGUGCAAUGCCGUGGCGCCGGGUUUGGUCGACACGGCCAUGACGACGGCCGUCAUCGCGGAUGAGGCCAAGGCGAAGGCUCACGCGUCGAGGACCAUGAUUGGAAGGAACGGCGUGCCGGAGGACUUUGCGGGCAUCGCCGUGUAUCUCGCGAGCGAGGCGAGCAGAGCCGUGACGGGGCAGGUGUUUUUUGUCGAUGGAGGCUACUCGGCGACGUGA